UGUUUAAAGGUCUGAACUCCCCAGGGAGGUAGGGUGGCAGAGGCAGCAGGUGAAUGUAGAUGUGAUGAUCAUAUCACCGAGGAGUCCGAGCAUCACCCACCGCCUGUCAUCCCCGGGACUUCCAUCUCAGGUUUCAUCAACUCCCUUUUCCUAGAAGACCAUGCCAGUCCUUUCUUCUCACCACCAGUCCUUAACGCUUAUGGAGAAGGACAAUUGUCGAGAAGAUGACAGUUUAACCAACCUUCAGUGGCUCCAAGACUUCUCCAUCCGGAGUUCAGACUUGUCGUCCAUUGCCACUUCACAUCCUCCUCACACAAACCAGGGUCCAUGUAGCCCCACAGCUGGGGAUAUAGCCUCCUGCCAGUCUCCUCGUAAUGGCAAACAAAGAGCUACCCUGGGAAGCAACGCCUGGCCUUCUUUACCUACGUCUGCCCCCAAUCCUAUCCAGGACGUGGAUUACAGAACCAAUCCUCAUGUGAAACCGCCAUAUUCUUACGCUAGCCUCAUCUGUAUGGCCAUGGAGGCAAGCCAGCAGAGGAAACUGACCCUGUCUGCCAUUUACAACUGGAUCACCCAGAACUUCUGCUACUACAGGCACGCCGACCCAAGCUGGCAGAACUCCAUCCGUCACAACUUGUCCCUGAAUAAAUGCUUCAUGAAGGUCCCUCGUGGAAAAGAUGAACCUGGAAAGGGUGGAUUUUGGCAGAUGGACCCCCGUUAUGCAGAUAUGUUUGUAAAUGGAGUCCUGAAGAGGAGAAGAAUGCCAGCUUCUCACCUUGAACCUCCGAGGUGCAACAAGGUGACGCUCCACCAUCCCUACCAAACAUCUUCUCGAGCGAAUAACCACCAAACCCAGCGUUCCUCCUGCGGAUACAAGCAGCCUCGGAGACAAGAAAAAGCCAAUCCUGUUCUUCCAGCUCUGAGAGUCCCUGAAAGACACGGAGACCACCUCUUUCCUCCUGAAGAUCAUCUGAAUGGCAGCAACUUUGAUGAUCUCGAUCUGCAGACCGCCUUAAUAUCCUUGUGGUGGGAGGGAGAUAUGGGCUCUUCUGGUCCCAAUGCCUCAGUGGUGACCAACCCUGGACUAGAAUUGGCCCAGCAAGACCCUGCCAUAGUGGAUAACCAAUGGUUUAUGCUUCCUGAACAGCACCCAACUUGGCAAGAGUUGAAGGAAGAACCUGUGGCAGAGCAGUGGUACAGUGAAAAUGGCUAUGCUGAAGAUGUUUUGUACGAAUGUCCACCUUGGGAACGGGCAGAGACAUUGUUAUGACCUUUUACAAUGACUAAGGUUCUUCAGUUAUUACCAGAAAUAUAGCUGAACAGCCCUUUAAAAUGACUAAAAUAAAGAUGGAAGUGGACCUGAGGUAUUAUUCAGAGACUUUGCCAUGCUGAUCUACAGUUAGUCAAGGUUUUUUUUUUUUGUGGGAUUUUGCAUUGUAGAUAGGUCCCAGUCUUAAGAAUGACUUAAAGAGACUUGUAAUGAUAGAAAAAGAGGGCAAGAAGGACUGAGACCUCUAUUUCGCCUAUUCCUGGUGCAGCGUGCCUGAUGCCACACUAAGGCCACCAAGCUUCUAUAGAUGUUGAGGCAUCUCACCUAGAAGACAUAUGAUUUUUAACUCAUGGACCAGCUUGACAUGCUGAAGUUACAAGCAGCUAUGGACAGUGGAUAGUCACAGCCAUUUAACACAUCCGCUAUGUCGCGGAAAUAUAUUUUUUCUAUAAAAUAACAGACUUAUGACAAAAAAUGUGGGUGAUGAGAGUUUUCGGUAAACUGAAGUAUCUAUGCAGUUAACAUUAUAUGAAGAAUAUAUGGAUUUUAUGUGUUUUGAAAGAUAGUUGGCUCCAAAUGUGAAGCCGUUAAGGCCUAAUUAGCCUGUUGAAAAUAAAGAAAGAAUAUUUAA